AUGCGGGACCGAGUGAGGCUAUGGCUGUCUGUCUUGGUGUCGGUGAAGGAGGCGCUGCGGGUGGUGGAGGUGCUGGAAACCAUCGUGAGCAGCUGCUUUGGGCCGGACGGGCGUCAGGUGCUGUGUACGAAGCCCACGGGCGAAGUCAUGCUCAGCCGGGACGGCGGCCGCGUGCUGGGGGCGCUGCACCUGGAGCACCCCACUGCCAGGAUGAUGGUGUCCUGUGUUUCCAGUCAUCUGAGGAGAGCAGGCGAUGGUGCUAAGACGUAUAUUAUCUACCUUUGCCACCUGCUCAGAGAGCUGCACGCGGCCACAGACAAAGUAAGGACUCACUGGGCCAGGCCCAUGGGAAACACUGGAAAAAGUGUUGCCAGUGGAAACUCAUCGCCCGAGCUUGCCUCUCCUUUCAGACACAAGUACUAGACUGUGUCGUGGACCAGAACUUAAAGAAACACUUUUUAUCCGUGUUUUCUUCCCCUAAAGAGAGGACUUUAUGCAGAAGCUCUUUGGAGGCGCUCUUUGAAGAGUAUUAACGAGGGAGAGUGGGAAGAAAUCAUCACGGCUUUAUUUCACAGCUGAUAAGUGACUACCUUUUCAAGUGUAUGGCUCAUGAACGUGGAUUUGAAGAAGUCUUCGAGUUAGUGGAUGACUGCUUCUUAGAGUUGAGCAUCGGUGUCACCGGCCUUCCCGUUACAGAGUCCAAGGUUGUAGCUGGGCUUGUGCUCCACAGAGACUUUUCGGUGUACUGCCCGGUGGAGGGGGACAUGAGGCUGGUGGUGGUCAGCGAAGCCAUCCGUCCUCUUUUCUCAUCUUCUGAAUCAGAGUUCAUCGUGACUUCGGAAAUCCAGUUUCAGACAUUGCAGUUUUGGAUUAUGGAGAAAACGAGAGCAAUCAUGAGUCACGUACGGAGUCAGAAUGUCCACCUGCUCCUGUCCAGGGUGAAGCAGUCAGACAUGGUUGUUUACUAUGCGGGACUGAAUGGUAUAUCUGUGGUAGAGUGUCUGUCAUCAGAAGAGCUUUCUCUUAUCCAAAGGAUCACUGGUGUUUGUCCCUUUGUGCCCCCUCAGGAACCUUCACAGUUCGGAAUCUCUAACACUGCGCUGGUGAAAUUCUGUACACCUCUUAUCCUUAGAUCCAAAAGGUACAUUCACCUUGGUUUGGUUAGCAACUGUGCUUUUAUUCCGCACUGUGUAAUCCUUUGUGGCCCAGUGCAGGGGAUGGUCGAACAACAUAAGGACACUUUCCACAGAGCUUUCAAAAUGCUUCAGCAGUUGUUUAAAGACCAUCAUCUCAAUUACAUGGCACAAGCCAAUGACCAAAAUUGUUU